UGUGUAAUAAAUAAUAAACUAAUAGAUCUAACAAUGUUAUUCAAUUAUGACGCAAUUAGUUUUAGUUGGAAUUAAAUUAAACACAUAAAAGAACUAUGUGAAGUGUAUUAACAUGACGUCGUUGGCAAUUUUCAAAUAUAUAUCAACAAACGGAAGAUAUGGGAGAUUUCCUCUUUAAAGAAAUUUUGGAAAAUGUACCUUGAGCAGUUUCCAAUCAAAAGUAUCAGACCAUUCGCUUGCAGGAAAAUAAGCAUCGGCUUCCUCAUCGGAACCUGUGGCAGAAAUUGUCGAGAGGCACACUAAUCCUGCAAAAAAAGUUAAUCGCAACUUUUUAUUAAUAUAAUUCAGGUAUCUUGAGGGUCAGCAUAAAUAAAACGAUGAGCAAAAUGCAAAUAAAGCUCAUUAUUUUAUUCCUACACAAUAAUUGGUAAUUUGCAUAAUAUCGGUAGAUAUUUCUUUGUGAAUCUGAUUUUUUUUUGAGUUUAAACUUUAAAAUCAGUUAUUACUUACCCAGUAGAAAACACAGCAACAUUUCUUUGAUCAUCACAAUGCCACACUAAAAGUUGACCCUGUCUUCAGAUACUUGUUUAUGUUCGAGAUAGCGUCCACAAAAUGUAUGGAAAAUACGUGUUUUAUCAGUUUACAGAUAAAUGUAAAUCGGCCAACAUUCCCGUUAUGUGUAUGAAACCGAUGAUUCUAUUAUAAUGAAACGAGGAACAAGUAUAAAGCACAAAGUUUGCUGAAGAGGCAACAGGUAAAACUGUAUUCGGGUUUUGCGAUGGCCAGCGGCCGCAACGUCAUAGGAAAGCCCUGACCUUCAUAAUCUUAUUAAAAGUACAAAAAUUACUUUAAUGGAUUGAAUUAAUCUUACCUGACAAUGUGAAUUCAUUCAGUAUUACUAAUUGACACACAAAGCUCGACUAAUCUGUUUUGAGAAAAAUAUGGAUAAAACUGUUUUAUGACACAGACAUAACCUCGAACAAUGACCACAAUCCACUGGCAAUUCCAAAGAUUACCCAAGUCACUUUAUUACCUCUCCAAGUCUUUUUUCCAAAAAUGUCGAAUUACAUUCCGUUCCUUAACUUACAAUCACUUUAUGGAUCAAAGUUAUGCUGCCGAUGUGUGUAUGGAACCAAUGUUUUGGUUUGUAGAUAACUUUACAUAUGCUAUAGGACCGUUAUUUGUCGUGGCUGUAAUAGGGUUGACCAGUUCAGUUGUUUUUAUUGCAUAUUGGAUAGGUCUUCCAUAUUGGUGGCAACGCAACCCUUAUUUGUGUGUUAUUCUAGUCAUUAUAGGACACUGGUUGCUCCUUAAUAUAUCAUUCCACUACUACAUGGCUGUUAUUACCCCACCUGGUUACCCGCCUCAGGGAGAACUGAUAACUGAGGCAGUUAGUAUAUGCAAAAAAUGCAUUGCACCCAAACCCCCAAGAACACACCAUUGCUCAGUUUGUAACAGAUGCAUUCUAAAAAUGGAUCACCAUUGCCCAUGGUUAAAUAAUUGUGUCGGUUAUAAGAACCAUCGCUAUUUUUUUAUGUAUAUGGUGUAUAUGGUUGUGGGAGUCCUUUUUGUGAUAAUUUGUGGUUUUGAUAUUGCAUAUUCCGCUAUUAUGUUAACAGGGGACGAUUCAGGAGAACCUGAAUUAGAGGGCCAUCCUGUCAAAUUUAAUAAAACAGGUGCUCUUAUUCCAGUGGUAAAUUCACAUCCCUUAGCCCAUAUUAUAAUUACGUUUAUUUUUCAUAGACUGAUGUUCUUUACAGAUACUCCAAUAGCAGACGAUGAAUUUAACGAAAUAUACGAACCAAAUAACCCCUGGAAGAGGAGGGCUAUCAUCUACAUGGCACUAAUAAACAGCGGUGUGUUUGUUGCCCUUGGGGUGCUGUCACUGUGGCACAGCCAACUGAUCGGGCGCGGCGAAACCAGCAUAGAGGCAAAUAUAAACAAAGCAGAGACCCAAAGAUUAUCAGAACUGGGACGUAUUUAUACAAAUCCGUACAAUUUCGGGACUAAAAAAAACUGGCGAAUUUUUCUAGGCCUGGUCCAGGGGCGUACUUUCCUCCAGCAUGUUCUCUUGCCAUCAGCUCACGAACCAGUAGGCGAUGGCUUAACCUGGCACACAAUUCACGAUGAGGAUGUGGAUGAAUGGCCAUGAUUUCUAGUCAUUUUCACGGAACAGCUAAUACGUUUAAGUACAACUUUAUUCUUCUUUUAUACAGUACUUGAAAUUAUAAAAUUUUCUAAUACGUAUUGUAUGUGAAUGAUAAAAUAAACAAUGUCAUUAAGA